UCAAAAUGUUCCAUACAUCUCUGGUUUUUAAUCUUUAAUAAUAUUAGUCAGCAACACCACAGAUAUCUAAUUCAACUGAGGGAACAUAUAUCGCUGGCAUACAAGCAGUCCCUUUCCUCCUAUAUGGGAACUACACCAACCACCUGCUACUGUACGAAAGCUGCAAACACGUGUUAUGUGACCUAGGGAUGCCAGUGUCUUAUGCUCCAGUAUGACUUCAGGAAGUUGACGUGUCAAAACUCGCUCCUCCUCCAGAUUUUCAGGCAACACGUUCGGAUUUGUUUUAAUCGCUCGGGCUGUGUGUGAUAUUACAGUACGUGGAAAAGGAUGUAUGAGAGAGUAUCACAAAAAACAUUCCGUAUAUAACAUCUGUUUGGAAAAAAAAAAAAAGUUCCAUACGUCAAACUUAAGUAGAACAAAUGAAUGCAUCUGCAGACACGGGAAAUAUGGUUGCGUUGUUUUGUUAAAUGUCCUUUGAAACAAAAAAAAGGCUUUUCCCUUCCCGACCAGGUGAAUUUACAAAAAAAAAAAAAAAAAAAUUGUACAGACCUAUCGUUUUCCUUAUUUGCGUUGUGCUAUUGUUGUAUUUACAAUUAGAAAUGACAGAUGAUGAAGCAAUGAUGUAGAAAAAAAAAAAACAGCUGGAAAUAAAUAAUACGUGCAUCGCAAUUUUUUUCAAAAAGACUUGUAAACCGUUCCUCUAGCUAAAUUAAUAAAGACACAGAAUGUACUAUAUCUUUUACAUGCGCUUUUAAAUAUAGUAACUGUUUUGGGAAAAAAUGAUCAAGCACCUUUGCUUUGUCUUUACGCAGCGACACGCCUAACAGGAGAACGGAAAUGACACACCACAUUUGAUGACGUACAAACCAUAGAGUGCGACGGGGCAGAUUAGAUAUCCUGGAGAGGAAGCGCUUCGAGAGUCUCCAGUAAUUUCUUUCGGUGUUGGGGAGCUGUAUUUAGUUUAAACAGCACCAAAACCAGGGUUCCUUCUGCUUCGUCGAGUGCUUGCGCACUUCCUAGGGUGCUGCUGUUUGUUUCGGCUGUUGUUACUGUCCGCAUCCUAGUUUUCUGGACUGUUUUUUUUUUUUUUGCGGUGUGCCUGAGCGUGGUCGUGUUGCUCGGGGACUCGGGAGUUAUUGGUUGUUUUUUUUUUUCUCUCGCCGCUGUUGGACUUUACUGAGCAGGGAAAAGUGACCAUGGAUUUCAACACCAUUCUGGCCAUGGCGUCUGAAAACCAGGGUCUGAGCCACUUACCGGCAAAGCGAUAUAGCCUGUCAGUGGGACCCCCCAAAAAGGACCCGAAAGUGAAAGGUGUGCAUUCUGCAGCAGUGCAAGCCUUCCUGAAGAAGCAGCAGAAUGAGAACAAAAAGAAAGCGAUAGAAAGCAAGCGAAAGAAGGAGGAGCUGCUUGCCAAGCGAGUGGAGAUGAAGUCUGACCGCAAAGCACGCGCCAUGGCGUCUCGAACCAAGGACAAUUUCAGAGGCUACGACGGUGUCCCCAUUGUGGAGCCAACUAAGAAGAGGCGUUCAAAGCAGGAGAUGGUAGAGGAAAGACGGCGAAAUGCUGAAGGGUUUGAGCACAACGGGACCGGUGACGAGGAAGAUUAUUUUGAAUACUCACAAACUGAGUCAGAGUAUGAGGAUGAUGGGGAAGAGACGAACAGAAUGACAGCAAGAAUGCCAGACAGAAUGGCAGCGCGAGAGCCUGAGAAAGCCUCCAAGAAGCCUAUUGCAGCCAAGCCUGCACCUCCCCCCAUGAACUUCGCAGAACUCCUGAAGCUGGCGCAAAAGAAGCAGUUUGAACCAGUGGAGCUGAAAUCCACAAAGAAGACUGAAGAAAAGCUAAGGACUGCAGAGGAACUGAAGGAGAUGGAGUUCCUGGAGCGAAAGAAUAAGAAAUCCAUUCGGGAGGCGGGAAGGGAAGGGAAGCCUGAGAGAGACAGCAGGUCCCAGGUGGUCUCCAGCUCUUCAAAGAAGAGUUUGCCAGACAAGGAUGUAAGAAGUGGAAAGUUGCUGUCGUCUAAAGGUUAUGCUGAGAAGCUCCCUCCCAACGGUGUGGUGAGCAAGAAACAAAAGCCGCCUUCAUCCAGUGAAAGACCUCACAGUUCUUCUACUGCCAAGCACUCUCAGGGUGAUAGACACAGGCCUGGACUGGCUGGGUCCAGCAAAAGCUCCUCAGGUGCCAGUAGUGUCAAAAACUCUUUAAAACACACCUCUAGUUCUCAUUCCUCUGCCAAAGCUUCCUCUGCCAGGCCUUCCUCAAGUGGGGGUCAGAGGUCCUCUACCAGCAGUGACCUUAACCAGAAGAAAGGAAACUUUCCACCUUCUGGAAAGAUGGGAGGUGCUCAUGUACAACCUGGAAGCAGUUCCAACUCUGCCUCAGCGCGACCAGGAAGCUCAGGUCAGGGCCGACCAGCAAGUGCUGGUCAGGUCAGACCCACAAGGGCAAAUGGUCCUACAAAAUCAGGAACCUCAGGUCCUCCACGACCUGGAAGUGGUGCGCAAGCCCGACCAGGAAGUAGUGGUCCUGUCCAUCCUGGAAAUGGUGUGCGGGACCGACCUCAGAAUGGUGAGCCAAGGAAACCUGGAAACAGUCAUCAAGCCCGACCUGGUAGUAGUGGACCAGGACGACCUGAGGGUAAUCUGCAAGGCAGACCUAGAAUUAGUGGCCAAGUGCGACCUGGAAGUUAUCCACAGGCCCGACCAGGAAGUAGUGGUCCUGGCCAACCUGGAAAUGGUGUGCGGGACCGACCUCGGAACGGUGAGCAAGGGAGACCUGGAAACAAUCCUCAAGCCCGACUUGGAAGUAGUGGACAAAUGAGACCUGGAGGCGUGGCACCUGCCCGUCCUGGAAGCACUAUGGGCUCUGGCCCAGGGAGGCCCCAGUGCACUGUGGUGUCAGAAACCAUUUCAACCAAGGACUUUGUACCCGCCAAUGGGGUUAGGCCACCUAGACCCCAUCCAGGUCACAGACCCAUGAUGAGGCCUCCAGGUCCCCCAUUGCCCCCCAUCACUUCCAGCUACAAGCGGAAAUUUGACGAUGAUGAGGACGAGUACGAUUCUGAAAUGGAGGACUUUAUCGAUGACGAGGAGGGAGACCAAGACGAAAUCUCAAAACAUAUCCGGGAAAUCUUUGGAUACGACCGAUCGAAAUAUAAAGAUGAAAGUGACUAUGCCUUGCGUUACAUGGAAAGUAGUUGGAAAGACCAGCAAAAGGAGGAGGCUCGGAGUUUGCGUUUGGGUAUGAAGGAGGAUGAGGAGGAGUUGCGAUUGGAGGAGGAGAUGAAAAAAAAGGCGGCGAUGAAAGCAAAACGAAGGAAACUGUAAAAGGCAGUCAGAAUCCAACAUCAUUGACUGCCUGCUGUUACAAUAACUAUCUGUGGCUAAUCUCAGAGCUGAAAUCCAGGAGCUAAGCAGAUUUACACUAAGGGGCAGAGGAUCACUUCUGCGCUGUGUGAAAGCAACAGAACAGUAGCCAGCUACAAUCAGGUUUUUCUACAAACAGACUGCUAGACGUGGCACUGCUUCAUUUAUUUGCUGGGUAGCGGCUGCUUUGCAAUUUCUUUUUGGUACAGAAGAAAAGCUGUAGUGUUGAGAUCAGCAAUCCUUUGUAGAGUUCUUUUUUAUUAUUGAAAUUCAAACUGGGGAGAAUAUAUUACGAUGCCGUUUAAGAUAAAUUCCUACAAUGUGUUUUUUUCUUUCUUUCUUUCCUGGUUUAAAAAAAAAAAAAAAAAAGUUUUUUGACUAUCACAGCGCUAAGUUUAAAUUAUUUAAUGAGUUUAUUUUACUGUGUUUAAUUUUCUUGCAAAUCCCCAAAGGCACUACCAGCCUGCCAUGUCUGAUAUAUAGUAAUAUAUACCCUCCAUCUUUUCAUAAAAGCUGUACAAAAUCUUGCAGCGGGUUAGACUGAUUGCGAACCUUCUUUCGUAGUAAAUUAUUAGCAAACUGUGCUAACUAAAACCUCCAUCAAAGCAGCAGUGGAUCAUACAGUACAGAGCUUUUGACUGACUUCAUCAUGUGCUGUAAUUUGUUCAAUGGCAGAAACCGUCAGCCAGCAUACAGGUGUUCAGUUCUCUCAGGUAAAUGACUAAAGGCGUAUUUGUUAUUUAAAAUGCUGUGCCUUAUUCAUAAAAUAAUGUUACUUUAAUAACUGUGGCCUGAAUUAAAUCAAAGUUUAUAGUCCUGCCAUAGCUAUACUUUAUAACAACUAUGGCGCCACCAUAAUUUUAAUUUAAUACAGUUAAUUACAUUUUCGGUUCAGCUGUUUUAGAGAGAGUUAAGGGCAAUGCUCCAGGUAAGCUGUGUACUGGGUGUUUUACACAUUAAAAAAAAUAUAAAGUAGGUAUGAUAAUUAAGCUCAAUGCAUAAAGACUACACGUAGCAAUUUUGCUGCACAACAUUAACAUGUACUUUGUUGGUUCUUGGAGUCUCAAUGGUCAAUUAUGAAUAUACUGCAUGCAGUAGCUACAGAAUGGAUCAUAGAUAUACCGGGGCAGCUAAUUGUAUCCUGCCUGGGAAUUGCCUGAAACUUGUGACCGAUAAGUCUGGGUUUUCAAUAAAAAAAAAGAAACAUUGAGUUGAAUCCACUCACCUUCCAUAAAUCUGUAUAAUAAAUACAAUAUUCUGUGUUUGGAGAAAGCCGGGACUCUGUAUUGCUAUAGCAAGCCAAUUAAUAAGAAAUACAAUAUUAUUGUUUCUUUAUUUGGAUUAGGGCAAAUAUUUUUUAAUUAACGUAUUUUUAAUUUUAUUUUUAUGGAGUGUGUCUGUCAACUUGGAAAGGGAGAGCACAAGAGACUGAAAGGUAGAUGUAUAGAAAACAUCUAUAAAAACUAACAGUCCAGUACUAGUGGGAGGAGACUCGGUGAGUACAGUAGAUAACUACAUUGAGAGUAGCAACUUCUCAGACUAUAUUAUCAACACUGGGCUAAAUGGCUAUGAAAGAUGUAUUUGGAUUUGUUUUCAGGUGGAAAAGGAAAGAGAUUUUUAAUUUUUUUUUUUUAUUCCAAGUAUUUGUACAGUAGUUAGAAGUAAUAUUUCGGUUCAAAUGUAAGGCUGUAGUUCAUGCAUACUCCAUAAGUUGGUAUUAAAAUAUGUACUAUAUAUUGAAAGUAGUCAUCAUGACUUCAAGGUAAUGUUGCAUUUUACUCGCAUAGUGUUUAAAUUGGAGAAUAAAUUGAUCAAUGACCCAAAACCUUAUCUGCAGUGCUGGUUACAAGUUCAGAUUUCAGAGGGUUUAAAAGCACGUAGAACAAGUUUCCUUGUGUUUUGGGGCUUUAUUGGAUUAUGGUAUGCACUGCUGGAGUCCAAGUAUACCUGUUUUUCUUUGAUUCAAAAUUGCUAAAUUGAGAGAGCAGCAGAAAAGCAUAUCCAGUGCUGGGUGAUUUACAUAUUCAACCAACAAUCGCCCACUUUCCACACAAAUAUUUGAGAACCUGUAUUGGCUAGAAGUCAAAAAUGGUUGGCAGUCAUUUCAAAAUUUCUGAAAAGGUCCUGAUUUCUGAUUUGGAGGCAAUACUGCGGUCAGCCUCAAAAGCACAAUGGUUGCUUGUGCAUUACGCUGGCCCAGGAGAGAGGCCACCUGGUAGAUUAUGGGAUAUACUGUUACCAUUUUAGUGUCUCUAAUUAAUUAAACACACUUACUUUCAUUAGUCUCCUGAGGGAAAUGGUUUUAUUUAUUUAUUUUGUGUCGUUCAUGUUACCCUAUAUGGCAUUGGCCCCAGAACCGCAAAACUUGUCAAUUGGUCAAAUCAUGUAUCUUGUAGGAGUGUUCAGUUGACAACAUGAAUUUAAUAAUUUAUUGAUUGGGGGAAAAAGUAAUUUAUUAGAAAUAUGUUAAAAUAGUGGUAAGCUUGGUGAAGUUUGCUAAGGCUUGUUUAUGUAGGGGUGCAUUUAGGUGAAACUGAAGACUUGGGAAAAGGCUUGCUCUCUUCUAACAUCAAUGUCCCACUGCCACUUACAACUGACUCAUGGUCCUCUCAUUUAAAUGCAGCUUAAAAGCUAAUCAAAGUGUUACUCUGGUUCCAGUUAACUGUUCUGCUUCGUUGCAUCAGUAACUGUUUGUUUUGUUUUGUCUGCUGGAUUUAAUUUCUCAUUCUACAACUAUCUAUGCAAAUUACCAACGGUCCAAUGGAUGAGAUGUAAAACAGAGGUCCACUUGUAAGUGACACUGCAGUAGCAGUCGUGAUGCAUAGUUCAUCCCCAAGUCUCUAAGUCGUUUUGGAUAAAAGCGUCUGCUAAAUGACUAAAUAAUAUAUUUCUUCAGAGGUCCUUCUGUUGAUCAUGUUAAAGUGGGCAGGGACAAAUGAUUAAUAGGCUUUCUGAACCACAGUACUUGUUAAACAUUAGAAAUGUGACUUAAUGGGCAGGGGACCUGAUGGUCAAUUGGGAUAAAAAGUGUAUUGUUAAUAUUUGGUAUUAAAAUAAUUGGAUGCAUUCUAAAUUUGCCCUGAACUUAUCACCUCUUUUUUUUUUCUCCAUGGUUCCUGGAUUUUCAUCACUGGCAUGAUAUAUUACUGAUAGAUUCUGUUCCAAUUGAUAGUGUAAUUCUACCACACAGAACAGUAAAGUUACAAAAUAUAUUUAAUAUUAAAAUAAUUAUACUUCAAUCUUUUUAGGAAUUGUUUGUUUAUUUGGGCAAGAGGUUAUGGGUCUUUUCAAACCGGCAUAUAAUUAACAGUCCCUGGUUACUCCUAUUGCAGAGACCUGACCAUUUGGGCAAUUCAACAAGGUACCACUGGCUAAAGUUAACCAUAUCAAGCAGUUCCUGAGAACCCUGAAUGUUAUUUAAACUUACAGAAGCCUAGUGUACACACCAAGCAUUGAACAAAAGCAUGCUUUGCCGACAGGGUGCUAUAAUGAUGCACACUGAUCAGCUGCCGUUAAUGGCAUGAUCACUACUGGCAGGUAAUUUGUCAAAUAACCAGAAUAUAUCUAAAAAUCGGCUCUCUUCAUACAUAUAGAAUAGAGCUACAGAGGGCUCAGUGAAUGUCAGGACUUUUUUCUAUUUUGUGAAAAAAUGUCUGUUCAAUUUGGCCUGAAGAGAUAAAGAGUAGUACAGUAGUGCUUCAUGUCCUUUUAUUACUUAGACAUUUAUAUAGGAAGGUGUUUGACUUCUAGACCAAUAUUGUUCUCUAUAUUAGUGGUAGAUGAGGAGAGCCACUUUUUGAAUAUAUUUCAAAAUAAACACAUACUUUUGUAGUAUCUUAUAUUUUUACCAUUUUCCUUCCAUCCAUAAAUGUUUUAAUGUAAUUUAUUAAUUGUUUUCAAUUUUUUCUACUUUGACCCAUUUAUAUACUUGAAUGCAUUAACACAAUAAUUUGUUUCUAUAUUACAGAAAACACUUUCAAGAGGCAGCGGUAAGCUUCUUGUUUCCUGACCUGUAAAAAAUAAUGUCUUCAUCCCUGUGACAGGAAUACAAUUUAAUUUGAUGUGUUUUGGGAUAUUUUUGUGGUUCCUUGUUUUAAAAAAAAAAAAAAAAAAAAAAAAAAAAAUAAUUAAAUAAAAACAUUGGCAUUUCCAGUACAAGUCUUCAGUCUUGUGACUGGGCGAGCCUUGUCACUGGUUCUUGCACAAAUGUGCAACAGGAGACACUUUGCUAGGCAACUAUUUUGAGCAGGUAGGCUUGCCCGGCACUGAGCUGAUCAGGAGGUCUGGAUUGGCUUCCACCCAGAAGGAGAGCAUCCAUGCUGCAGGGUUAACUACUACAGAACCCUUCAAUUGCAAGACGGUGUCUUUGAAGGCUGUACUCAGCCAGGACCGUUAUGAUGAACUGGAGUCGCUGGGAGGUUGGGACUUCGGGAGCAACAGCAGUAUGUUAGUUUAUGGGAUGUUGAUCCCGAAUCGUAUAGAGAGGAUUUGCAUAGUGUAGUAGGUUUCUGGAGCUUGAUGUGUCUUAAUGAGGCUAGCGCUCGCCUUGUGUGGCAAACUUUUAUAUUUGUAGCUUUGUUUUGUUUAUUAAAUCUGACACUAGGGCUACCAUGGCUUGUACCCUAGUGGCAGCACAUAUGUGUUAAUACAAUUUGUGCGUCUGUGCUUCGUGUCAACACCCAGUGCUCUGUGUCUACCUCAUUAUUAUUCAGUAACGACCCACACAAGUCACAAAUCCUGUUGCAAAUCUACAUUUAAUUAUCUUAUUGUUUGCAUCUCUGCAUGAUAACUCAACAUUGUCCAGUAUUUUAAAAGUGGUGCUGUAUGUAUUUUAGUGUCCACAACUUUUUUCUGGUAAAGUUAAAUCCCAAGGCAUUCAUUGAAUUUCUUGAUUUUAAGGGUGUGCCACUCAAAAUAGUUACUUCUCCAAUACUGUGACUGUUGUAUAGAGAUGCCAUCAGUAGCCAGGAAGACAGUAAGAGAUGCUAAUAGAGGGACACAGAGCAAAACCAAGAACCCAUCCCUCUUCCACCUCCAAAAUACAGCUCUCCAAGAUUUAGUUUUUUUUUGGGCCCUAUACACAGAACUUUAAGGAUUGUUUUAUGGAAUAUUUUUUAAAGUGUGUUUUAAGCAGUUUUCCAGGCAAUGUAGUGCUUUUUAAAAUGUAUUUUAAAAACUUGAAUUCAAUAUAACAGUCCUUAAAGUUUUGAAUAGAGCCCAUUGUCACAAAAGUUGGCCAGUGGUUUCAGAACCACAAGAUCUGUUUAAAAAAAUUUAAAAAUUACGAAAGGUCUAACAUGACAGAGAGUAAAGAGUGCGACUUUAUUUUCUUGUCUUCAAAACCCUCUGGCUCAUGGUGCCUCUAAUGCAAUAUGUCUGGGUCUGAAUUCUUCUUCACCACAUUCAGGAGCUGGCGUACCUCAUCCUCAUUCUAGAACAGAAACAAAAUAAUAUUGAAAGCAAGCCCGACAAGAA